GGCUGGCAUUGCACACUCAGUCUCUAUUUACUUGCUCAAGAAUUCGACGGACUCUGUGGAUCUAUUGGAUAUCCAUCACACCAACCUCCGCCACGACGCAGCGCCGCCCCGCGCCACUAUGUCGUCGCCAUACCCCGACCCCGACUUGAAACCAGUCUCGCAGCGCACCUCGCUCGCGACCCUCACGAAUCCCUUGCCUGACGGGUGCAGCUAUGGCUCGAUACCGUCGAAGGAUGCCAGUCCUGCCGAGCGUGUGAUCUGGGUGGAGUUUCCGCCAGAUAGCCGCGACAACCCAUUCUACUUCUCGACGAAAAGAAAAGUCGGCAUCACACUGUGCGCCCUCAUCUACUGCUGGUACUGCUCCAUCACGGCCUCGGCAUUUUCGAUCCAGUCCGGCGCCAUGUGCGAGGACCUCAACUGCCCGCAUCUCGGCGCUGAGGCCGGCAUCGCGCUCUACGCGUGGGGCGCCGGCAUCAUGCCGCUCUUCGUCGCCCCCGUAUCAGAGGAGUUCGGGCGGCGACCUGUCUACCUUGUGGCGCUGUUCUUCCUCCUCGUCUUUCAUGUCCUGCAGGCCGUGGCGCAGAACACGGCCACGGCGCUCGUCGCGCGCUUCCUCGCAGGCGUCGCUGGCUCGGUCGGCACCUCCGUUGUUGGCGGCACCGUCGCGGACAUCUUCACGCCAGCGCACCGUGGUCUGCCGAUGAUGCUCACCGGUUUCAUCCUCUACUUCGCCACAGGUAUCGGCGGCACGAUUUUCGCGUACGUCACGACGCGGUUAGGAUGGCGCUGGACGUGGUGGAUCAUUGUCAUAUCCCUCGGCGCAUGCGUCCCCCUUUUCGUGCUGGUUAUGCCUGAGACUCGAUCGUCCAUCAUACUGCGCAGACGGGCAAAGAAGCUGCGCACCGAGCGAGGCCUUUCCGACGGCGGACGAUACCUAUCUCACCCAGAGAUUGAGAAGGUCCGCUUCCUCACCGCGCUCAAAACGUCGCUCACCCGCCCCCUCAUCUUUCUCGUCACGGAGCCCAUCGUCAUGUUCUUCUCCCUCUGGGUUGCUCUCGCCUGGAGCGUCAUGUAUGUCCAAGUCGCUGGCCUGCCAUACAUGAUGCGCACGCUAUACGGAUUCAACACAGAGCAGGUCGGCCUUGUGUACCUAACAGCAUGCCUGGGCGCGUGCUUUGGAUAUCUUGGAGGAUACGCGCAAGAGUACCUGUACAGGCGUUACGCACCAACCAAGGGCGUCGAGGCGCGUCUCUUUACGCCCAUGGUCGCGGGCGUGCUUUUCGCACUGGGCUGCUUUAUCACUGGCGCGACGGCGCGGUCUGAGAUUCACUGGAUCGCUAGCGCGAUCGGCCAGGUGGUCGUGAUCACCGCCGUAAUGAUCAUCUACGUGACUGCCUUCACCUACGUCUCCGAGUGUUACGGGACGUACGCCUCGUCGGCCAUGGCCUCCCAGUCGUGCCUCCGAAACAUGGUUGGUGGCGGCAUCGCCUUUGGCACGACAUCCAUGUUCAAGGGAAUGAGUGUGCGAUGGGCGCUCAUCCUCAUGGGCGGCAUUGCUGCGCUACUCGCUCUCGUGCCGUUCGUCGCGUUCUUCUAUGGGCCGGCGAUCCGGCAACGCAGCCCCUACUCUCGCGAGCUGAUGCGGCAGGAGCGGGAGGCGCUCGACGCUGAGCGCGUGCAGCGAGAAUUGCGGGGUAUGGACAUGACGGGGGCAGAGGAUAUCGAGGGCGAGGUGUACGAAAAAGAGCGAGAGUAGUGUACAUUAGAUAUAGCGCAUCGUGCAUGGAGCAUAUUGUUUGGUUGA